CUCCAGCUCCCUGGGAAACCAGCCACAUGGAGGGUGCCGGGGACGUCCCGAGGUCUCUGCUCCCUGACGUUCACCGGGGCCUCCCCUUCCCGGGCUCCCCAUCUCGGGCCGCCCUGGUCUCCGGCUCCUACCUCUAUUACCACUACGGCUGCGACGGGGUGGACGACCGGGGCUGGGGCUGCGGCUACCGGACCCUCCAGACCCUCUGCUCCUGGCUGGCGGGGGCCGGAGCGGGGCUGGGGGGCUGCCGCCGGCCGGUCCCCACCCUGCCGGCCGUCCAGCAGGCCCUGGUGGAGAUGGGAGACAAGCCCCCGGCCUUCGCUGGCUCCCGGGACUGGAUCGGCACGGUGGAGGCCGCCUUGUGUGUGGAUCACUUCUUUGAGGUGCCGUGCAAAAUCGUGCACAGCCCCCGGGGGCGAGGGCUGGGGGGGCAGGUGGGGGCCUUGUACGCCCAUUUCCAGGAGGGUGGGGGGCCUGUGAUGCUGGGGGGUGACGCCGACAGCUCCUCCAAGGGGUUAUUGGGGGUCUGCUCCGUGCCCGCCGGCCACCAUCUCCUUGUCCUGGAUCCCCACUAUUAUGGGGGGGCUGGGGGGCUGGGGCGGGAGGGGAUGCAGGCGGCGGGGUGGGUGCGCUGGCAGGGCCUGGCCUCUUUUGACCCCGCCUCCUUCUACAAUCUCUGCCUGCCGCAGUUCCGGCGGGAUGCGGGCAAGGGGGACGGCGCCGGUGAAAACUGAGUCGCACGAGCAUCGUCGCCCGGAUGGCCGCUGAGGGAGUCACUGGGCCCCCGGGAGCUUUGCACAAGGGUGAUGUCCCUGGGACCCGUGAACAUUGGUUUGCACGAGCAAGGGUCACCCGGACGGCCGCCAAGAGAUUUCCACAAGGAAGAUGUCACUGGGACUGGUGAACAUUGCUUUGCACGAGUGAGAGUCACCCAGUGGGUCACCAAGGGGGUUUGCACAAGUGGGCCAUGUGAACUUGGCUUACAGAAGCGAGAGUCACCGGACGGCCGCCAAGGGCUUUGCACAAGGAAGAUGGCACGGGGACUCGUGAACAUUGGUUUGCACGAGCGAGAGGAGUUUGCCGAAAGCUGCCGCUCUCCCAGCCCGUCCUGAGGGAAUGACGAUUCCCGGCUGAUUUUGGGCCACAUGCUUCGGGAGGGAAUGAACAGAACAGGGCAGAUAGCGAGUGAUCCAUCCCCUGUCGUCCACUCUCCGCUUCGGGCGGAGGUUUAGGGACACCCGGAGAAUUGCGGGGCGGGGUGGGGGGGUCUCAUCCCUGGCCGUCCUGGCUAAUAGCCAUUGACGGACCAGGAACGUCUCCGAUUCGUGUUUGACUCCAACGAUGCUUUUGGCCUUCGCCGCGUCCUGCCGCGAGGAGUUCCCCAGGUUAACGGUGCGUUGCGUGACGCAAUCCAUCCUUCCUGCCGCCUAGUCAUUUCAGCGGGCGACCCCUGGUCCUGGUGUGAGCGGCGAACCAUCUCCCGCGCUGCCCAAAUCGCUUUCACGGCCCAUUCAGACCCCUUCCUGCGGGGAGCCCGGCCCUCCUGGCGUCGCCGGGAAUCAGUGCUCCAUUCGGUAAGGAAAGAGCGCGGCCCGAGAUGAAACGCCCGGGAAUGCGGCCGGCCGCCCGCUGGGCCGAUUUUCUCCCCGCUGCUCGGGGCACAAACCGCGGAGACGCCGGGGAGCCCGCUCCGAGCCCGGACCCCCGAAGAAGGACCCGGGAACGGGCCGGGCACACCCCGGUCCGAAAUCAGGGGGCGGGGACAGUUGCAGGUCUCCGCUGGACAGAGGCAGCCGUUGGGGAACUGGAAGGCGGGGGCCGUGGACAGACGUCUCAUGCGUAUUUACAAAUACCCUCGCUGAUUGCAGGCAAAACAGAGGAAUCACCCCCCCUAUUUUCCUGUGGGGUUUUUUUUCGUUCUAGAGGCAGGCCAGGUUUUAAUGGUUUUUUUUUUUUAGCCUUUAAGAGUUUUGGGGGAAAUUCUUCCAUGGCUCCGUCAUUACAUUCACGAGGCGCCGUGCCUCAGUUUCCCUGCAGCAGACCAGGUUUGUCAUGGUUGUUUUCCGGUGGGCGAAGCGUUAGGUUUAUUCACAGGUCACGGCUAGAAGCUUCGCCGUGGGGCUUUAAAGGAUUCCCCCCCCCCCAAAAAAAUGAUACCCAAGCUCCGUUGUUACUUAUUAACAUGACACGU